AUGGAAACCCAAGUGGGUCAGCUAGCUAAUGCUCUUAACCAUCGGGUUAAUGGUAGAUUACCGAGUCAGCCAGUGGCUAACUCGCAAGGGAUGCACCAUAUUGACAAUUCGCAAGGUCACGAACAAGUUGAUAAGAGGUCUAAGGAGAAGGAGACCGAUCCGGUGUCUACAGCUGUCCCGGGGUCAUCUGAGACCCCAUCUUAUAUUCCUAAGGCACCUUUCCCGAUUUGCCUGAAUGCAUCUUCACCCUUUCGCAAGAAGGGAGUAUCCACUAAUAAUAUCAUGGAGGUGUUCAACCUAGUUAAGAUGAACAUCCCAUUGCUCGAUGCCAUUGAGCAAAUCCCAUCUUAUGCCAAGUUCCUCAAGGACUUUUGCAUUCACAAGCGGAAGGCUCGAGCCAAAUUUUUAGAGCCCAUCCCCAUUCCUCACCAAGUUAGCUUUGUUCUUCAAUCUAACAUUGCCCCCAAGCUUGCUGAUCCUGGUGUGCCCACAAUCUCUUGUGUCAUAGGCAAUCACUUUAUUAGUAGGGCACUCUUAGAUUUAGGGGCAAGUGUCAAUCUUUUACCAUACUCUGUGUACGAGGAGUUGGGGCUUGGCGAGUUGAAGCCUACAUCGGUUAUUCUGCAGUUGGCCGAUCGUUCUGUGAAAGCCCCAUGGGGCAUGUUAGAUGAUGUCCUCGUCAAGGUGAAUAAUUUCUAUUUUCCUGUUGAUUUCAUUGUCCUUGACAUAGAGCCAGUCCACCCUACAGCCCUUAAAUCUCAAACGCCUGUCAUCUUGGGUCGUCCCUUUCUAGUCACGGCCAAUGCACAGAUUUCUGUGAGGAGUGGAGUGAUGGAGGUAUCAUUCGGCAAUAUGAAAUUGAGUCUGAAUAUGUAUUCGGCCGCUCAACAGCCUCAUGAGGAGGAAAAUUGCUUCGCAGUUGAUGUCAUUCAUGAGUUAGUAGAAGAGGCGUUGCCGUACAUUUUGGUUGAGGAUCCUUUUGAGGCAUGUCUUGCCCAUUUUGGCUAUGAGGAGUUUGAUAUUGACCAAUCCAUUGCUGAGGUCAAUUCUUUGUUAGACCUCGCACCUUAUAUGGCCAAACCUACCUGGCAAACUCCUUUUGAGCCUUUACUUGCUUUGUCUAGCACUCCAACUCUUCCCUCCAUAGAAGCCCCACCGAAGCUUGAGUUGAAGCUUCUCCCGGCUUCUCUGAACAAAAAGGGUCAAUUACUUGAGGUGCUUAAAAAGCACAAGGGUGCGAUAGGGUGGUCAGUGGCAGACCUCAAGGGUAUUGAUCCCUCUGUUUGCAUGCACCGCAUUCAUUGCGAGGAAAAUGCGAAACCAUCAAGAAAGAUGCAAAUGAGGUUGAACCCUAACAUGAAAGAGGUCGUUAUGAAGGAGGUGGACAAAUUGUUGGAUGCGGGUAUCAUAUACCCCAUCUCUGAUAGCAAGUGGGUGAGUCCCACUCAAGCAGAGCCUAAGAAGUCAGGCAUUACUGUUGUUGAGAAUGAUAAGGGUGAGCUUGUGCCCACACGCAUGACGACUGGUUGGCGUGUGUGUAUUGAUUAUAGGAAGCUCAAUUCCAUGACUAGGAAAGAUCAUUUUCCACUUCCGUUUAUUGACCAAAUCCUAGAAAGGUUGGCAGGCCAGAGCUAUUAUUGUUUUCUGGAUGGCUAUUCCGGAUAUAACUAA